AAAGUGGGGCCCAUUGAGAUCCUACUUACUAUCUGCUGAGGAUGUGAGAGGCUGUGGCUGCUUCUACACCACCCACUUCAUUUCCCCACAAUCAACAGGAAGACUGGAGGCCAGAGAGAGCAGCCACACUCUGCAGGAGAGGAAGGACAAGGAGGUCCAGCUGUACAGUCAGAACAAAGGAAAACAAUCAAGGCAGAGGAAUGAGCAAGAAUCAGAAAGAAGUGAAGAAAAUCCAGACUGUUUAUCUGCAGAACUUGGAAAAGCUAAACCAGGGGAUAAAGCCAGACAAGAAAAGUUGGAAACCAAAGGAGGGAGACUUUGGUGCAGCCAUGGAAAAGCUGCGACAGCCUCCAAUUGCUGGGAAAGUAACCAAAAGCUCAGCACACCGAAUCAGCAGAGAUCUUACCUGCUCCAUCUGCUUGGAUCUUUUCAAGCAGCCGGUGUCCUUGCCCUGCGAUCACACCUUCUGCCAGGGGUGCAUCGAGGGUUACUGGACCGGCCCCCGGGGCCCCAGUCAGGGGGGAACAGGCUCCUGCCCUCAGUGCAGGAAGGUGUACCCCGGGCAAAGCUAUAGGCCCAACCGCAUCGUAGCCAACAUCGUGGAGAGCUACUGUCAGGGUCUGGAGGAGAGCGGGAACGGAGCCCGCCUGGCAGAUGUCGGGGUGACAGAGAGGGUUCCUGCUCCAGUCCCACGCUGCAGCAGACACAGAGAGGAGCUGAAGCUUUACUGUGAGGAGGACCAGGAGCUGGUGUGUCUGGUGUGUGGUCUGUCGCAGGAGCACAGGAAUCAUACCAUGGUGUGUGUCCAGGAGGCUGAAAAUAAAUACAGGGCGUCUCUGAACAGCUCCAUGGAUUCCCUCAAAGCUGAGCUCAACACGGCGCUGCAAUGUGACCGAGAAGCCGAGGACGAGGUUAAAAAGCUCAAGGAGCACACCGCCGACCUGAAGCAGCGCAUCGAGGCCCAGUUCAGCGACCUGCACCAGUUCCUGUACCAGGAGGAGAAGCUCCUGCAGGUGAAGCUGAAGACGGAGGAGCGCAGGGAGCUGAUCCGACUGGACGAGCACAAAGCCCUGCUGUGCGUGGAGAUCUCUCGUCUGCAGAGAGCCGUCCACGAGAUAGAGGACAAACUGAGAGAGCAGGACGCCUUCACUCUGCUCCGGAGCAUCAAAGUCCUGCUCCAGAGACCUUCACUGAAGUUUGAGAAACCUACGUUUACACCACCCAGUCUGUGUGAGGGUCGGUUUGCGGGACCCCUGCAGUACAGAGUGUGGAAAUCAAUGAAAGGGAGCAUUUAUCCAGUUCCAGCAGCCAUCACAUUUAACUCCAGCACGGCCAACCCUUGGCUCAGCCUGACCUCCUCCCUGACCUGUGUUCGCUACCAGACCUUUAACCACACCGUGCAGGACAACCCCUACAGGUUCAAUGCUGCCCUGUCACUGCUGGGCAGUCAGGGCUUCACCCACGGUCGUCACUACUGGGAGAUUGAAGUCUACAGCAGCACAGUGUGGACUGUGGGAGUGGCCCGAGAGUCAGUGCCCAGAAAGGGAGUCAUCAAAGCGCUCCCAGCCAACGGCUUCUGGACUCUCUCCCUCUCCUAUGGGAUACAGUACAUGGCCGGCACCUCACCCCCAACAGUUCUGUCCCUGGAGGAGCCGAUGGCCAGGAUCGGCGUGUACCUGGACUACAAGAGGGGCCUGGUGUCCUUUUACAACGCAGAGUGCAUGACACACCUGUACACCUUCAGGGAGACCUUCACCGAGACGCUAUACCCUUACUUUAACCUGGGCUUUCUGGAUAAAGUGCAUGAAAAUGAGCCUCUCAAAGUUUUCUUACCAAAGAUUUAAAUAAAUGUGACAAAAAUACAAGUGAAAGGGGAACACAGGGGUAAAAAGUUACCAAACAAACAACUUUAACUUAAUAUUGCACAGAAUUAGAGAAGCAGAUUUGUAAAUGCAAUAAACAUUAGCUAUUAGAAUGAUCUGUCUAACAGGAGCAGAUGCAUUUUAAAGGUGCCCUGUGGAGUUGUCUUGCAAACAAAACAAAAGUUGUGUUUGCAUCUAGUGUUGACUCACCAAAACA